AUGCAUCGACUUUUUGCUGAGCUGGAGCCAUCUGUAACCGUCACCGAGCAAAACCUGGCAGACCGAGUUCGGUAUAUCUUGCGCUCAAAUACAUUUGAUGUCACCGAAAUCGAACGGCUACGACGUGAGGCUGUUCCUUCAUCGGGUGAAAAUGCUGCGGCUGAGGAUGCGGCGCCACAACUUGCUGAGCAAACGGCAAAUGUGGAUGCCGCCGUGAAUACGCCAGUUGUGGUUGAUUCAAACGAUGAUGGAACAGUCGCCCAGGAACUGGAACUAGAGCAAAUGAGGAGUACAUUGGAAGAGGCGAUUGUGGAAACGCGCAGUACGCCUCUCGAAAAUCGACCGCGACUUCCCCCGCUUAGCCCUAGGAAAGCAGAAUCGGGCUGUCGUGAGGGCUCUGAACCCAAUGCUGGUUACCUAUUUGGAAGCCAGCCGGGACCUUUGCGAGACGGACUCAAUUCUUUUUGGCGCCGCACUGGCAGUCUGCCGUAUUAUAGGCGCCAAACUUUCCACGGCUGGACGCGCUACUGGACAAAGUAG